UAUCGACGAUGACGAGAUUCCCGGUCAGCUGUGUUUGACAGGUGAAACAGGCAACAUAACCUAUUCGAAUCGAGUUGAGAUAAUCUUUCACGUUUAUCAUGGUGAUAUACGGUGUGUAUAUUGUUUCCAAAUCCGGGGGAUUGAUAUUCAACCAUGACCACAACGUUCCCAAAGUAGAAACUGAAAGGACGUUUACAUAUCCGUUGGAUAUUCAGUUAAAUUAUGAAAACAAAAAGAUUGUUGUUGCCUUCGGUCAAAAAGAUGGUAUAAAAGUGGGUCACGUUUUGACUUCGGUGAAUAAAAAUCCAGUGAAUGGCCGGGAGCUGGAAGAUGGAAGAGAUGUUUUGGACAUGUUAUCCAAUGCCGAGAAUUUUCCUAUACUGCUAAAAUUUAGUAGAUCAAAAAUGACGACAAAUGAGAAAAUCUUCCUGGCCUCCAUGUUCUACCCUCUGUUUGCCAUCGCAAGUCAGCUCAGUCCGGAACCAAAGUGUUCUGGAAUAGAAGUCCUGGAAGCUGACACCUUCCGUUUAUACUGUUACCAAACGUUAACUGGAGUGAAAUUCAUGGUGGUAGCUGAACCCACCCAGGCUGGAAUGGACAUUUUGCUGAAACGAGUCUACGAACUUUAUGCCGAUUAUGCACUAAAGAAUCCUUUCUAUUCUUUAGAAAUGCCGAUAAGAUGCGAACUCUUUGAAACACAUCUUCAAACUCUGUUAGAGACGGUAGAAAAGUCGGGCAUAAGCAACGUGUAAAAUCAUUAUUCGAAAAAUUCCUUCAAGACUUUUCGAUUUGGAAAUCAGGUGCAGUAAACAUGAUUUGUUGAGCUAUAGUAUUCACGAAACUUCAGGUUAAUUUGGUAUAUAAAAUACACCAAAACAAAUGAGCCAAGAUCUGCCUUGGAAGUCAAGAAUUGAAUAUAACAAACGUUUGCUAUUCAUCCGACGUUAUUGUACAGUAAAAAAUAUUUAUAAUAAACUAUAUGUAUAAAUAAGAUAUACCAUAAUGUACAAAUGGAAUAAACCCUUACUUGUAAUAAAUUGACGUACAUUAAUAUGAUAACUUA